AUGCCACCCCGCAUGCUCGCGGCUAUCUUUCGCGGCACCACAGACAAGCAAAAGGGGGGCAAGCGGAGCUCCGAUCGUACGUCGACGGCUCUUUGGCAGCCCAAGAUCAAGCCCAAGAUCAAGCCCAAGGAAGACAAACAAGAUGGUCUUCAUCUUGCAUGUCCAUACACCAAGUGCGACGAUGCUACGCAAGAGCAGUUAUUCAGGUGUCGCGCUAAGGCCUUUCCUGAUACUCACAGACUCAACAUUUAUAUAGCGUCCAUCGCCAAAAACCACACUGCACACGCUGCGGCGAAAUCUUUGCCUCAAAGGUCGGCUUGGAAGCCCACUCUCGCUUGA